AGGGGUAGGGUGGGGCCCCAGCUUCUACAUUUACAAGUAGCCCACAGGUGAUGUCCCCGGUGCUGGUCACCCUAGGCAGCCCGGCCACUUGACGGACCUUCUGUGCCUCUACACUGUUGACGGCGCGGGAUAAUUCCUUAUGGUUGCAUAGGGCACUCCUGUGCACUGCGGGAAGUUUAACAGUAUCACUGGUCUGGACCCCACUAGAUGCCAGUGACCCCAUCACUCCUCGCCAGCUGUGACAGCCAAAAUGUCUCCUGACAUCGCCAUUGCCAGAUGCCCUCAGGGCUGCAAAACCGCCAGGUAGAGAACCGCUACCAUGCAGGAUGCUACCAUCAAAGUGCGCCCACAGCAGCAACCUUGGAGCAGGCAGGAAGAGCCCGAUGCCCUUGGUUUGACUCUACUAAGAGCCCCUCAGUUGCUGAACCUGCACACAGUCAUCUCAGUAAGUUAAGAUCUUCCUGAGGACAAUGGCGCAAGAUCGUCUUCAGCUGUUCAUAGCGAAGAUGAAGAUCCCUUUCCUCCUACUGUUCUUUCUGUGGGAAGCCGAGAGCCACGCAGCAUCAAGGCCGAACAUCAUCCUGGUGAUGGCUGACGACCUCGGCAUUGGAGAUCCUGGGUGCUAUGGGAACAAAACUAUCAGGACUCCCAAUAUCGACCGGUUGGCCAGUGGGGGAGUGAAACUCACUCAGCACCUGGCAGCAUCACCGCUGUGCACACCAAGCAGGGCAGCCUUCAUGACUGGCCGGUACCCUGUCCGAUCAGGAAUGGCAUCUUGGUCCCGCACUGGAGUUUUCCUCUUCACAGCCUCUUCGGGAGGACUUCCCACCAAUGAGAUUACCUUUGCUAAGCUUCUGAAGGAUCAAGGUUAUUCAACAGCGCUGAUAGGGAAAUGGCACCUUGGGAUGAGCUGUCACAGCAAGACUGACUUCUGUCACCACCCUUUACAUCACGGCUUCAAUUAUUUCUAUGGGAUCUCUUUGACCAAUCUGAGAGACUGCAAGCCCGGAGAGGGCAGUGUCUUCACCACGGGCUUCAAGAGGCUGGUCUUCCUCCCCCUGCAGAUCGUCGGGGUCACCCUCCUUACCCUUGCUGCACUCAAUUGUCUGGGGCUACUCCACGUGCCUCUAGGCGUUUUUUUCAGCCUUCUCUUCCUAGCAGCCCUAAUCCUGACCCUUUUCUUGGGCUUCCUUCAUUACUUCCGGCCCCUGAACUGCUUCAUGAUGAGGAACUACGAGAUCAUUCAGCAGCCCAUGUCCUAUGACAAUCUCACCCAGAGGCUAACGGUGGAGGCGGCCCAGUUCAUACAGAGGAACACUGAGACUCCGUUCCUGCUUGUCUUGUCCUACCUCCACGUGCACACAGCCCUGUUCUCCAGCAACGACUUUGCUGGCAAAAGUCAACACGGAGUCUACGGGGAUGCUGUUGAGGAAAUGGACUGGAGUGUGGGGCAGAUCUUGAACCUUCUGGAUGAGCUGAGAUUGGCUAAUGAUACCCUCAUCUACUUCACAUCGGACCAGGGAGCACAUGUAGAAGAAGUGUCUUCCAAAGGAGAAAUUCAUGGCGGAAGUAAUGGGAUCUAUAAAGGAGGAAAAGCAAACAACUGGGAAGGAGGUAUCCGGGUUCCAGGCAUCCUUCGUUGGCCCAGGGUGAUACAGGCUGGCCAGAAGAUUGAUGAGCCCACUAGCAACAUGGACAUAUUUCCUACAGUAGCCAAGCUGGCUGGAGCUCCCUUGCCUGAGGACAGGAUCAUUGAUGGACGUGAUCUGAUGCCCCUGCUUGAAGGAAAAAGCCAACGCUCCGAUCAUGAGUUUCUCUUCCAUUACUGCAACGCCUACUUAAAUGCUGUGCGCUGGCACCCUCAGAACAGCACAUCCAUCUGGAAGGCCUUUUUCUUCACCCCCAACUUCAACCCCGUGGGUUCCAACGGAUGCUUUGCCACACACGUGUGCUUCUGUUUCGGGAGUUAUGUCACCCAUCACGACCCACCUUUACUCUUUGAUAUUUCCAAGGAUCCCAGAGAGAGAAACCCACUAUCUCCAGCAUCCGAGCCCCGGUUUUAUGAAAUCCUCAAAGUCAUGCAGGAAGCUGCGGACAGACACACCCAGACCCUGCCAGAGGUGCCCGAUCAGUUUUCAUGGAACAACUUUCUUUGGAAGCCCUGGCUUCAGCUGUGCUGUCCUUCCACCGGCCUGUCUUGCCAGUGUGAUAGAGAAAAACAGGAUAAGAGACUGAGCCGCUAGCAGUGCCUGGGGACCAGACAGACGCAUGUGGCAAAGCUCACCAUCUUCACUACAAACACGCCUGAGAGUGGCACUGGGGAAACAUAACUCCAUCUACACCUUGGAUUUGGACUGAUUCUCCAUUUUAUCACCUGAAGGCUUGGGCCAGAGCUCAACAGCUACUCAACUGGAGGGGUGAGGGGGAUAAGGUCUGUAGUAUACAGACAGGAAGAUGGUAGGUUUAUGCCUUCUGUGGCCAGAGUCUUGGACUCAUGGAAAUAGAAUGAAUAGAGGGGCAUUCACAAGGCACACCAGUGCAAGCAGAUGACAAAAAGGUGCAGAAGGCAAUCUUAAAACAGAAGGAUGCAGGAGGUACCUUAACUCACCCCUCAGCAAAUACCUAUGUCAACAGUAUAAGUUACCAUUUACUCUAUAAUCUGCAGUGAUGCGAUAACCAGCAUAAUAAAAAGGCAAUCACAUAAAAAAGAGUUUAGUCAUCUAAACAUAAGUAACUUUAAGGUGAAUGAAAGAUCUUCUUUAGGAAUAAUAGAUGAUGGUAAGUUCUACUUUGGUUAUUGGAAGGCAAGUCAUUAUUACUGGUAUUAGUUAAAACACAUAUCAAAUGCUUGCUCUUCAUCAUAUAUAUAGUUAUGCAUACAUACACACACACACAUACAGUAUAUUCUUUCCUCAAGAGGGUUAAGAUGUCUAAAAUAGGGACCUAGAAGCUUAACACUAUUUAAGUAAAUACAGUAGAAGCUCACAAAUAGAUUUCUUUGCACAAUGAUUUUUUGCAAAAUUUUACAGUAAUAAUAAUCCCAAGGCAAAUCUCUCCUGAACUGCUUUCCAUUCCAUAACUUGUAGUAUAAUUCUUGGAUUCCACUGUUUUCUUUGGGGAAUGGAAGUUCUGAAUUAAAAGCCCACUGUGGAGAUGCUGUGGUUCAUGGAAUCUCUUCCAGUGUAAAUCAGAAUCAUUGGCCUAGAAAGUCUCUGAUAUUUGGAGGGGAACAAAAAUCACUCACAAGCAAUCCAUGAUCUAUACACAUAAGCAUAAUUUCCUUUAGUUCUAGUUAGUCAUCAGAGAACAGUCAUGUAUGCAGGUUUUGUGACUGAGAAAUUUCUGUGCUUCCAAUCCACAAUGAGAUGCAUGAUUUUGUUUUCAUCCCAUUUCCCCCAAGCCCCUGUAAAUCAGGGAAAAUGUGCAACUGAUCGCCUAGGAGAGGGCCUCGUAGUGGCACAGCUGGAGAUAGUUUCAAAGUCUAAACCACCAGCCCAUCCUGAGGAAAGCCUCCUAUGGAAUGUAAAGUGCAAUCAUUUCUUCAGAUAUAAGACUUUCCCCAACAAUGUGAUUGGAUUCCUUUAUGGCAAAAUCGAGAGAAGCUGCCAUCCACCUGCUUAUGCAUUUAUCUCUUUUGUGGACUUGUCUGACCACCUUCUAUUUGCCCAGAGUUUGCUCAAUUCCAAGACAGUGCCGAUGAAUGGGACACCUGUAAUGUAACCCACACAGCGGUUUGCAGAGAAUGUUAGCCAUGACUUGGGCUUUCUGAAAGUUGGCUAUAAUUUCUCUAUCCCUACCCACAACCCUGGGAAGUUGGAGCAAGAGGGGCAUACUAUUGGGCUUGGAGGAUUCGACAGCAUUUCCCCAGUUGCCCUUUAAGUUCUUCUAUUUCAAACGUUAAUUUUGCUUCUCUUUCUAAAAAAAAAAAAAAAAAAAGAAAGAGAAGAAAGAAGUGAUUCCUACCCCCUACCUCCAGAAUUGUUGAAAGCUGAAAAGCAUACAAGAUUCUUCCUUUUAACUUGGAUUUCUCGUUCCAGAAAUUGUGGGAUAAUCUGUAUUCUUGCUUUAGAAAACAUUCUUAGAGAGGGUACUAGCUUACUGAUGAUGUGUUAGGAUUGCUACUGAUGCUGUCAUGUGGAAACUAUUUAAAGGCACUAUUAUAAAUUUAUCCUAUAAGAUGACAAUGUUUACUCAAAGUCUAACAUAUUCAAUGCAAGUAAGACUUUCUGAAAACACUUGAUGAUGUGGGAAUGCUGCAGGAUUAAAUAACUUGAAGAGCCUUUAUAGAUUAUAUGAAUGCCUAUUUGUGUCUAGAACCAGUUAUUUAACCUGUAAAAUGUCAAUAGCAAAUGAAGGAUGAAGUAUAUCUCUAGAUGCAAAUACAUUGAGUUUAAAAGUGCCUCAAAAUAAUUGAGAUAACAUUUCAGGACAUUUGGAAAUCAGGUCGAUUUGUGGUAACUAUAGUCAUCUUAAAUUUCAAACCAUUUACCAUCUGAAAGUUUUGAUUGGAAUGUAAAACAGGAAAUUGGAAUUCCUUUGUCCAGGAGAAACCUCACAAACCUUCUUUAAGGCAUAGUUUUGUUGUUUGUUUGCUUGUUUGUUGCAGAGCUGUAAGGCAUGGCUGCUUGUUUACAAAGCAUCUCAUUCAUAUUACCUGUGGAGUUGCAUAUCCAAACCUUAGUGAGUUUUGAAGCUUUAAGCAAAUUCUUUUAAAAAAUUCUUGUAUUUCUAGCAUUACUAGAUAUUAAAAGUUAAGCAAAUAGAUUAAUGACGUAUACAUAGGCAUCAUUUCACAAGGUCAGUAAUGCUGCAGGAAAAGCAAAAUUGCAAUCUACGUAUCUAUGGUACUAAGGAAGUCCUGUUUUUCAAAAAUGGAAGCCCACUUCUCAGAUUUUUCUGAAGGGCAUACAAUGAAAAGUGAAGGGGAAAAACACACACACACAAAAACAAGUAUUUGGCUUGUCACAGGAAUCUGAUUGCAUUAAGUGAAAGGAUUAUUUAGAAUAUGUUAAUGCAAAGUUAAAAUAAAAUUUUCCUUGGCAAUUAAAAAUGCUGUGCGCUAAUA